AUGUAUUUUUUUGGUUUGAAAACAAAUGCCAUUGUGUAUACUCAAUUGUUAUUUAUUGCAUUAUCAUUUUUCAAUCAAGCAAAUGGUCGAGUAAUUGAAGAACAUGAUCCUGAAAUAACAACAUUGCCAAACAUUCAUGGAUUAUCUUCACGUGGAAUACCAGUUCAUGAAGAAUUUACUUCGAUGCCAACAACUACAAACAAAGUCAUACCAUCAGAAGUACCAUUCGACUUGGUCUCAACACAGAAUGUACUUGAAGUGAAAGUAAAUGAACUCUCUCCACCACACGAGUUCGAUGAUCAAGAGCCACAUCCUGAUACAGAGUUACUAGAAAUCCAACAAAGACCAAGUCGACCCGUACAGAUGUUCGGCAUGAAUUCAAUGAUGGCAAAAUUGCCAACAGAAGAUAGCAAUUAUGCAAUCCAUCCUACGGAGCCAUACAUGCUCGAAGAUAGUUUUUAUCCACCUGAGCACAUCCAUUCCUAUGGAAUGCUUACCCCAAAGCAAUCCUAUUUCUUCGAUGAUUUUAAUGGUAAUUAUGACGAAUAUUAUUAG